CCGAAACAAGUUCAACAGCAUCCAUUGGACCACAAGACGAUGUCUAUUGUUCCUUUGAUCCUGCUCUCCACUUCCAAGAUCGUCGCACACAGCGCCCGUAACAUACCAAGGAACCUCGCAUUUAGCGCCCAGCAACACCGCCUUCUAGUCGAGAUGACUGUAUCUCAAAUCUGGUCAAAAACGAUGGAAUGUGAUCUAUCCCAUCGCCUGGACCGAUUCUUUCCACCUGCGUUUGAGAACCUCAUCCUUCACGCGGCGAAGCAGAUGAGACUCUAUUUCGAGCUCAUGGAUUUUCCAUAAUCAACAAGCAUAAACACAUAUACCGUGUUAUGAA